ACCACUUCCCUAUAUUCGUUGCUCCUUCGUUUUUCAUCGGAUGUUGAUGUUCAUCUAACAAUGAACCCGAAAUUAUAGAAAUAGAAAAAGAUUAAAUUUUUCUCCCCCCCAUUCCAUAAAAAUAGAGGGAGAUAUGAGUCUCCAAGAAAAUGGGAGGGGGGCUUUGAGAAAGUACAGAAGCAUGAAUUCGGAUGUGAGUCAGGACGAGGAUGUUUGUGUAUCAUAUCCAUUUGAAGAAAAUGGGAUUAUCAGGAAUAGGAGCAGCAGCAACUAUGUCAUGGCGUGCUCCAUCUUCGCCUCUCUCAAUUCUGUGCUUCUUGGCUACGAUGUGGGGGUAAUGAGUGGAGCCAUUUUGUUCAUUCAAGAGGAUUUAAAGAUUAGUGAAGUUGAAGAAGAAGUGUUUGUUGGAAUCCUAAGCAUCAUAUCUCUGCUAGGGAGUCUAGCAGGGGGGAAAACCUCGGAUGCUAUUGGGCGAAAAUGGACGAUCGCGUUUGCAGCCAUGGUGUUCCAAUUGGGUGCCGGCAUCAUGGCUCUUGCUUCGUCUUUCACAGUGUUGAUCAUGGGGAGGCUCCUAGCAGGAAUAGGGAUGGGGUUUGGAGUCAUGAUCACACCUGUUUACAUUGCUGAAAUAGCCCCUACUGUCUCCAGAGGAUCCCUCACUUCCUUCCCCGAAAUCUUCAUCAAUCUAGGCAUCCUCCUUGGCUACAUCUCGAACUAUGCCUUUUCUGGACUACCUGCACAUAUAAACUGGAGGAUCAUGCUUGCUGUGGGGAUUCUCCCUUCUAUCUUCAUUGGUGGCGCGUUGUUUGUCAUCCCUGAGUCACCGAGGUGGCUGGUCAUGCAGAACCGGAUUGAUGAGGCACGGAGCGUGCUGUUUAGGACGAACGAGAAUGCUGGUGAAGUUGAGGGGAAGCUGGCUGAGAUACAGGAAGCUGCAAGGUUCAUGAUCAAGGACAGGUCCGAGGAUAAGGCUGUGUGGCGUGAGAUGCUGAAUCCUACACCGGGGGUCAGGCGGAUGCUGAUCACCGGCUGUGGGAUUCAGAUGUUCCAGCAGAUGACGGGGAUUGAUGCAACGGUAUACUACAGCCCCACCAUCUUCAAGCAUGCUGGGAUUCGAGGAAACACUCAGCUUCUGGCUGCAACUGUUGCUGUUGGCUUCACAAAGACGAUAUUCAUCUUGAUCGCGAUACUUCUCAUCGACAAAGCUGGUAGGAAGCCACUGCUCUACGUGAGCACCAUCGGGAUGACUGUUUGUUUGUUCACGUUAGGCCUAACGCUCUCGACUAUGGGCAACAGCAUGUUUGGGAUUUCUCUGGCUAUUUUGUGUGUGUGUGGGAAUGUUGCUUUCUUCUCUGUUGGGAUUGGCCCUAUAUGUUGGGUCGUGUCAUCGGAGAUCUUCCCCUUGAAGCUCCGGGCUCAGGCAUCCGCCAUUGGCUCCGUGGGGAGCAGAGUGAGCAGCGGCAUCAUUGCAAUGUCAUUCCUCUCAGUCAACCAUGCUAUAACAGUUGGAGGCACAUUUUUGGUGUUUGCAGCGAUUUCAGCUCUUUCUGUUGCGUUUGUCUACAAGUACGUCCCAGAAACGAAGGGCAAAUCGCUCGAGCAGAUCGAGUUGCUCUUCCAAAACGACAGUUAUUGGGAAGAUGGUGAAGUAGAGCUCCAAGAUGUGCAGCAUCUUAUUCAAAGAGAGUGAUAACAAAACCAAAUUUGCUUUAUGCAAAACCAAGUAAAGUGAA